AACGUCGAAAGUAAACGAAUAAAGGAAAUGAACUUCAUUGUGGUACACAGAAGUGUCUGGCUGCUACUACCUACCAAUCAGUAUGAUUGGCUAUACAGCUGUUCAUGCUCACCUAGAAGGAGUCAACUGCUCUCUGGAUUGUCAAAGUUAUUACAGCAGGAACCAUCCCAUCUCCGUAAUUCAGUGUGUAUUCACAUAAAAGCAAUAUGUCACUUACUUCUGGAUUAUGACUCACAACAUGGAAUUACUCCAGAAGAACAAGAAAAAGAAAGUUCAAUGAAUGACCAUACAUAUAAGAGUACCACAAACCUGUUUGGUAUUCAGAUGAAUGACAGUAUUGGUGUACUUGCGAAGCAACGUGAUGGCUCAGUUAAAUGUAUACCAUGUUCCUCAUCUCAAUGUGAACAUGUUAUGCUUGUAAAGCAAUGGCCGAUGGAUGAUCCUGACAUUCCUGAGCUCCUCGUCGACUUUCUGGAACAGGAUGUUGCUACAGGCUAUUCCGGGAAUAGUUUGAUUUCUCCAGUAUCCUCGAGGAAGAUACCCUUCGAUCUUUUUGGCUGUCAACGUCGCUCUUUCCAAAAUGGACCAGAAUGUGUUCUCCCGGAAGUUAUGGACGAUGAAGGAAAGAUGUUUUUAGCUCUUUUCCCCCCUUUUCCGGCCCUAAAUGAUGAACCAUGUCAGUUAUGUGGGAAUAAUUUUAGAGAUGAAGAUUCGAGAGACAAAGAAUCUUGGUAUAUUAAAUCUGUCAAAUUGUACGGAAAGAGGAAAAUCUUUGACUGUUUAGUUUACAAACGGCCAUGCUCCGGGGAAAAUUGCGUGAAUGAUAUGAAGUUUGAUGGUUAUGCUUACACCGUACUGAACAUGGGGAAUUACCUAAUAUCCUAUGAAGUUCUAAGGGAAUACAUGUUCUUGUUUUUGAAAGGAGGCUCGCUCUUAAUAAACUUCACAUCAUAUCAUUGGUUGGUGAAGAUUAAAAGUGCUCGUGUUCUUCCGAACGUUUGA